CCUUAAAUACCAUGUUUCUACUCAAACACCACACAUCAAUUAACUCCUAGAUAACACACACACAACACAAAAAAUGGGUAAAGAUGUUGAGGUUCAAGAACAAGGUGCUGAAUUCUCAGCUAAGGAUUACCAAGAUCCACCACCAGCACCACUUUUUGAUUCAGCUGAGUUUAAAAAAUGGUCUCUGUACAGAGCUGUUAUAGCAGAGUUUGUAGCAACUCUUCUUUUUCUUUACAUCACUGUUUUGACCAUUAUUGGUUACAAAAGACAAUCUGAUACCGAUAUUAAGGGUAACACUGAGUGUGAUGGUGUUGGUCUUUUGGGUAUUGCUUGGGCUUUUGGUGGUAUGAUCUUCAUCCUUGUUUACUGCACCGCCGGUAUCUCUGGAGGACACAUAAAUCCGGCAGUGACAUUUGGAUUAUUUGUGGGACGCAAGGUGUCUUUAAUAAGGGCAUUACUAUACAUAAUAGCACAAUGUUUGGGUGCAAUUUGUGGUGCUGGACUUGCUAAGGGGUUCCAAAGUUCAUACUACAACAGGUAUGGUGGAGGAGCUAACACUGUUUCUGAUGGUUACAGUAAAGGCACUGCUUUGGGUGCUGAGAUUAUUGGUACCUUUGUGCUAGUCUACACUGUUUUCUCUGCUACUGAUCCUAAAAGAAGUGCUAGGGAUUCUCAUGUUCCUGUAUUGGCACCACUUCCCAUUGGAUUUGCUGUGUUCAUGGUUCACUUGGCAACAAUCCCCGUCACCGGAACCGGUAUUAACCCUGCCAGAAGUUUCGGACCCGCCGUUAUCUUCAACAACGACAAAGCUUGGGAUGACCAGUGGAUUUAUUGGGUUGGACCAUUUAUUGGUGCUGCAGUGGCUGCAAUCUACCACCAAUACAUUCUAAGAGGAUCAGCAAUUAAAGCUCUUGGAUCCUUCAGGAGCAAUGCUUAAUGAAUGCAACAUGUUUGGCCUCAAUUAUUGUUAUGAGUUGUUGAUGUUGUUGUUGUUGUUGUCUACUGGUCCCUGUUGAAGUUUUUGUCCUCUUGCUUUCAAUUCCACGUUCUGAAUGGGCCUGUGUGUUUGGAAUAAUUGGAAUGGAUAAAGAAGCCAAAAUGAUAAUGGGGUCCUCAAAACUGUAGAUAAGCAUGAAUAUGAUUAUGAUUAUGAUUAUGGUUAUGUAUGUUAUGUUUAAGGGUGUAUUUGUAUCCCUCCAUUUUAUCUUUUGUUAUCUUUUUUGUUUUUGUAUUUUAUUCAAGGAUUUCUCAUGUGUUCUCUUUAAUUUAUGUCAUAAGUUAGACUUUUUAUCA